AUGGACCAAACGGAUAAUGGUAAUCUAAUGAUCAGCGAGGAGUCGAACAAUCAGGAUGCUGCUGCUCGCGCAUUACUGGCACAGUUUUGUCUUCCACCACAGCAGUCAGCCUCAAGAAAUGAGGAAAUGUGUGCUGGAGAUGCGGCGAAUGGAUUUUUAGAGCGAGCUGUUGCGGACCUAAAUCGUAAUAACCAUGAUUUGCUGAAACAGAAAGUUGCGGAUCUGGAUAUUCAGCUGACUUAUGUUUCGCAUCAGGUUACUCUGCUGCUGAAUGCACUUCACGUGCCGUCGUGCCAGUGCGACAUCUGCAAACCUCGCUAUCAGAAUCAGAUCGAGAUGUUCAAACUAUUAAAGGAGAAUGCAACACUGCCAGCAGCAGCAGCAGUGUUAUCGCCCGAUAAGGAUUUAAGCGAUAAACCACCAACCGAUACCACACAAAACGGAUUUAUUGAGAAACAGUUGUGCAUAAAUAAU